UAUACUAAUUAAAAUUUGCAUGAAAUAGUGGAAAAAAACGAAUGUACGAUUUAAUCUAAGAUAACAUAUCCACAUCUCGGAAAUACUAGCAGUUUCCUGAUUUAUUGGAAAAGUAGGAUUAAUGAUUAUUUAGGUUAUUAUACCAUAAUAUUGGUUCACUAUUGCAAGAACUGUCGUCUAAAAACGUUAGGGAAAAGAAAUAUUAAUUAAACAAAUUUUGUAAAUCGGUUAAAAUGGAUUGUGAAGAAAAACUGAAAAGAUGGUUAAAACGACUUCUAAAUAUGGAUAAAUUGGAAAAAUACAACUUUAUUAUUGAAGAUAAUGAUGAUAAAUGUAGUGGCUACAUGAGUCGCAUAUUUUUCAUAACUAUAAAACAAAGAAGUGGAUCUCCUAGGCUCAAUUUAGAUUUAGUAGUCAAAAUAGGAACGACCGUUAAAACGGUUGGAGAUACUUUUAAAAUUGAUAAAUUCUUUUUGAGAGAAAACUUAAUGUACAAUAAUAUAUUUCCAAUAUUUUCGAAAUUGGAAAAAGAAAAAAAUGUAGAUGAGACAUUCGAUUCGUAUCCCAAAUAUUACGGUCAUUUAUUCCUCGAAAAUUCGCAAAUCAUUGCAUUUGAGAAUAUAAAGAAAAUUGGUUUCAAGCUUUGCGACAGAAAAAAAGGGAUGGACUUACAACAUUGCAAAUUAGUUCUCAAAGCUUAUGCUCAAUUACAUUCUCUCACUUUCGCACUGAAAGAUCAAUAUCUAGAAAUUUACAAUAAGCUUAUUUCUGAAACAGAUGACAUUUUUGUUGACUUGAUGUUAUCGGAACAUAGUAAGCAGUAUAUGCAAACUCAAAGAGACGAAGUCUUGCAAUGUUUAAAAGAACAUGACGAAAAUGAAUUGUACGAAAACUAUAAAAACGAAUUCGAAAAUAUAGUAGAUACAUGCAUAGCGAUUUUGUUGGAUAAAGAUGAUCAAGUAGUUUUCCUACAUGGGGAUAACUGGAAUAAUAACUUCAUGUUUAAAUACGAGGAAGGUGCUCCAGCGGCAGUUUCGAUUGUGGACUGGCAACUGUCGUCUAUUCGUUCGCCUGUGUUCGAUAUUUCAAGAUUCUUAUUCAGCGUGUGUCGUAAAAAUGAAUUGGAUAAAUUAAGGGAAUUACUGAAAUAUUACUAUGAUUGUUUUUCCGACCAUCUAAUUAAACUUGGAAGCGAUCCAGAGAAACUAUUUAGUUUUUCGGAUUUUAAGAGACAUUGGAAAAAAUAUUCUCAGUUCGGUAUUAUAGGAAGUAGUAUGACAAUGAAAUUGGCAGUACUAGACGAAACAGAAGCCCCAUCUAUAUCCCAACUAGAAUGUGGAAUCGACUACAAUGAUACAUUCAAUAUUGUGCUUUCUGGUAAAGAACUAUAUUACCAAAGAAUGAAAGAUGCUGUAACCGCUUAUUAUGAAAUGAAAAAUGAUGUGAAUUUUUUAGACUAAGAUAAAUAUGUUGUACAGAAGAUUUCUGAUUACGUUAUUUUUUAGUUCAUUUGUAAUGGCAAAUAAAACACUAAACUUUCUUCUUAUUCACCUUUACUACAUCAUUAAACUAUAAACCAAUAAGUAGUGGACUGUAUUUACUAUUUAACUAAAUUGUACUUUGAAACUAAAACAUUUAUACACUCUUGCUAAUUGACAUCAACCAAAAUGCAUAAUAUAUAAAUACAUUAUAAGAUAGUAGCGCGCUAAUAAUUACACGCACGCUACCAAGGCCAAAAAGCAAGUGUUACAUUUCUUUUUCUAUUUAUCUUUUUGCCCAGCGCUAGCCGACGGCGACAGCAAAAAAAGGUCUAAAAAUAGAAACCACAAUA